UUAACUUAAGCUUCAGGUAAAUCGAUGAUCUGAUAUGGUUCAAUAACAAUCAAAUAGCCAAAUCCCUUCUACUGAUUUACCCACCAGAACCAGGAGGAAAGGAGACCAGUGAGGCCGCCUCAUGUCUCAAUAUUUAGAUCCAUGCAUAAUGAUUGACAGUGACAAAACACUCUCCACAAGAUGGUAUUACAAGAGGGAUGACUUCAGCUUUCCCAAAGUCAACUUUCCCUUCAUCAUGUUCAUGUCGAGCAAUAUUCCAGCAUCUCCAGCCUUUGGUGUUUACUUUUCACAACAUUUGAGAUGUAAUCAAUCAUGCUCUUUCUACCUAGAUUUCAAAGACAGUCAUCAUGGUCAUACGACUCUUGCUCAGAAGUUGUUUGAUCAAGGUUACAACAUUAAAGGCCUCAGUAAAGCUUUCAAGAAGUUUUAUGGUAGACAUGUGGAGGACAUUUCCAAAUUUGAUAAGAAUGAUGUCCGAUGAAAUUCCCUAAUUUGAAAUGUACCAUAUGUUCCCGUGUUUUUUCAGGUGAACAAUUGACUUGCCUUUGUAUGUGUUUGUGACAGGUGUCACCGGUGAAUCAACUCUUUUUCUUUGGGAUAGGGAAAGGGUUUUGUUGCUUUAUUUGGAAACAUCUGUAGCAAAUGCAUUAGUUUGAAAAAGGAAAGUGACAACUUCUUUAUGUUUUCAGUAAUCAUCUCAACACACUCAAGCAUAUAAUGGAAAUACAAGGCCAAACACAGAAUCCUGUCUCUCUUACUGAAACAUGUGUAAUCACGGACGGUGAGAGAGUAUUGCUGGAUCUCCAGAAACAAUGUGUAACUGACACGCUGGAAACAGGUGAUCUCCAGAAACAAUCUGCUACUGACACCCCGGAAACAGGUGAUCUCCAGAAACAAUCUGUUACUGACAUGCUGGAAACAGGUGAUCUCCAGAAACAAUCUGUUACUGACAUGCUGGAAACAGGUGAUCUCCAGAAACAAUCUGUUACUGACACGCUGGAAACAGGUGAUCUCCAGAAACAAUCUGUUACUGACACGCUGGAAACAGGUGAUCUCCAGAAACAAUCUGCCACUGACACGCUGGAAACAGGUGAUCUCCAGAAACAAUCUGCCACUGACACCCCGGAAACAGGUGAUCUCCAGAAACAAUCUGUUACUGACAUGCUGGAAACAGGUGAUCUCAAGGAACAAUCUGUUACUGACACGCAGGAAACAGGUGAUCUCCAGAAACAAUCUGUUACUGACACACUGGAAACAGGUGAUCUCCAGAAACAAUCUGUUACUGACACCCUGGAAACAGGUGAUCUCAAGAAACAAUCUGUUACUGACACGCUGGAAACAGGUGAUCUCAAGAAACAUAAAUAUUGUGGGGAUGAGUCUCAAAUAUGUAGUGAGAAAGGGAAAACAUUUAUUACAUCAGGUGAUAUGAAAAACGUUUGUCACAGUGAAGUCAAGCCAUGUAAAUGUGUUGAAUGUGGGAAGACGUUUACACGAUCUGGUUCACAGAGGUCACACAUGAUGAUUCACAGUGGAAUCAAGCCUUAUCUGUGCAUCGUGUGUGAGAAGACGCUUGCACGAUCAUGUACUCUGCAGACACACAUGAGGAAACACAGUGGAGUUAAACCUUAUAAGUGUGAGGAAUGUGAGAAAACAUUUACACAAUCAAGUGCUCUGAAGUCACACAUGAAUAUUCACAGCGGAAUCAGGCCUUACAAGUGUGUUGAAUGUGAGAAAUCAUUUACACGAUCAAGUCAUCUGAAGUUACACAUGAUGAUUCACAGUGGGAUUAAACCUUAUCAGUGCAUGGUGUGUGAGAAAACAUUUGCACAAUCAUGUGCUCUGCAGGCACACAUGAGGAAACACAGUGGAGUUAAACCUUAUAAGUGUGUUGAUUGUGAGAAAACGUUUACAGGAUCAAGUGCUCUGAGGUCACACAUGAAGAUUCACAGUGGAAUCAAGCCGUAUCAGUGCAUGGUGUGUGAGAAAACGUUUGCAGAAUCAUGGUCUCUGCAGACACACAUGAGGAUUCACACUGGAAUCAAGCCUUAUAAGUGUGUUGAAUGUGAGAAAAAAUUUACAAAAUCAAGUCAUCUGAAGUCACACAUGAGGAUUCACAGUGGAAUGAAGCCGUAUCAGUGCAUGGUGUGUGAGAAAACAUUUGCAGGAUCAUGUACUCUGCAGGUACACAUGAGGAUGCACAGUGGAAUCAAGCCUUAUAAGUGUGUUGAAUGUGAGAAAACAUUUAGACAAUCAAGUGCUCUGAAGACACACAUGAGGAUUCACACUGGAAUCAAGCCGUAUCAGUGCAUGGUGUGUGAGAAAACCUUUGCAUUAUCAGGUUCUCUGCAGACACACAUGAGGAUGCACAGUGGAAUCAAGCCUUAUAAGUGUUUUGAAUGUGAGAAAACAUUUUCACUUCAAGGUAAUCUGCAGAGACACAUGAGGAUUCACAGUGGAGACAAACCUUAUCAGUGUGUUCAAUGUGGGAAAGCAUUUGCAGAUUUAAGUGCUCUGAGGAGACACAUGAGGAUUCACAGUGGAAUCAAGCCGUAUCAGUGCAUGGUGUGUAAGAAAACGUUUGCAGGAUCAUGUAAUCUGCAGGUACACAUGAGGAUGCACAGUGGAAUCAAGCCUUAUAAGUGUGUUGAAUGUGAGAAAACAUUUGCAGAAUCAGGUUCUCUGCAGACACACAUGAGGAUGCACAGUGGAAUCAAGCCUCAUCAGUGCAUCGUGUGUAAGAAAACAUUUGCAGGAUCAUGUACUCUGCAGGUACACAUGAGGAUGCACAGUGGAAUCAAGCCUUAUAAGUGUGUUGAAUGUGAGAAAACAUUUAGACAAUCAAGUCAUCUAAAGUCACACAUGAGGACUCACAGUGGAAUCAAGCCAUAUAAGUGUGUUGAAUGUGAGAAAACAUUUAGCCAAUCAAGUGCUCUGAAGACACACAUGAGGAUUCACAGUGGAAUCAAGGCUUAUAAGUGUGUUGAAUGUGAGAAAACAUUUACAAAAUCAAAUUAUCUGAAGUCACACAUGAGGAUUCACAGUGGAAUCAAGCCUUAUAAGUGUGUUGAAUGUGGGAAAACAUUUAGACAAUCAAGUCAUCUGAAGUCACACAUGAGGAUGCACACUGGAAUCAAGCCUUAUAAGUGUGUUGAAUGUGAGAAAACAUUUAGACAUUCAAGUGCUCUGAAGACACACAUGAGGAUGCACAGUGGAAUCAAGCCUUAUAAGUGUGUUGAAUGUGCGAAAACAUUUAGACAAUCAAGUCAUCUGAAGUCACACAUGAGGAUUCACAGUGGAAUCUAACUGCAUCAGUGCAUGG